AUGACUGUAAUAGUGCCAUUAUUGGUCUUCCCACGGACAGCGCCCACCAGAAUACAGUGGAUUUCCGGCAUAGGUAUACCUUUGGACAACUUAAAAUAUGAAGCCAUGACAACGGGUUAUGUCCUCAAGGCAGAAUAUUUUCUACCCGAAAAUGUUACCCAAUUAAAAAUUCGAACUGUAAUGCCAUUUCAAAAACGUAGUAUCAGAAAACCCAUAAAAUUGGACAAGUUUUUAUCCACACCGAAAGAAGCGCCCCUACAAAAUAAGGAAGAGUUUUUAAGAAUUAAUAAAAAAGUUGUACUUAGUAGUUAUCGGUGGACUAUAUAUAAAGGGUUAGAGGGAUUGGCACAACGCAUGGGCCUUUCUGGACGCGAUUGCGUUUUGAAAAGUAUUUGUGAGGCUGCCGAGACAAACUUCCAUUAUUAUAAUGGUUUGGUAGCAGAGUUACUGCAUAUUUUAUUAACGCCUUCCUCAUCUGCCGACAAAUUAUCAACUCAUUCGGAUAAUGAAUAUUAUCAUGCAGAACAUUUGGGUCGUUCGGGAGCAAAUUGUCAUAGAGUUUUUAAGUCUUGUUCUCGCUCUCUUUUAGAACAUUUUACAGAUAUACAUCAUUUAUCGGAAGGUGUUAGGAGUAUAUUGGGUUAG